AUGCACGCACGAAAUUUCGGUCUGAUUUUCUUCUAUAUAAUUUUUCUACUCUAUUUGGAACUCGGAGAAUCGGCCACCAUUUCCCGCAUUGCCUUCGUGAAGGAUGCAAAUCUCAAACCAAAGUGUUCUUCGACCGAGCUAGAAACUUUUCAAAAACCAGUUGUAAUGCUGCGUCUGACAAAGCCACCGCAGAAUGAUGCUGCACAACGGAUUUCAGAGGAAGAAGUAGAUGAAGAUAUGGAUGAGGAUGAGAAUGAAGACAACAUUGCAGAUGCAGUUGCGCACGAAGCACAUGCCCAAAAUGGUUAUAAACUUGUUGAGCUAAGCAAAUCAGAAACGCUACAGCUCAUUGAAAGCGGCAAAUUACAGUUAGUUGAGAGUGCAGACGCCUCUCCAUCCAUUAUUGAGCUAUAUAAUGGAAAUGCUAACGACGUGGUUGAUGAAGAUGAUGAUGAACGCUCGAAAAAGCGCCCUUGGCGCAAAAUACAACGCGUCAUACGUCGCCAGCUGAUUAAGAAGCCAACGCGUUAUUUUAAGAGAGUUGUGCAUACUUUUGGUUAA